UGAAUGCUUGACAUUCGUUUUUAUUUUUUUUCUAUACACAUUUUUUGUAUAAAUCCAAAGAAAUUGAGAAAAUCGUGUGCUGCCUAGCGAUUUAAAUCAACCGCAAACUAAUACAACAAUUUUCUCUAGUGCAAUUUUUAGUGCGGUUGCGUUUUUCGAUCUAUUUGCGUGAAAAAACAUUUUGUGUAUGUAAAAUGAACAGGCGCUACAAUCAACCAAUGUAUCAGCAAUUGCCUACAAUGGCCGUCGAAGCGCAUUGUCAGCAAUCCAUGUACCAACAACACACCUAUAUGGAUCGCUCCCGCAUGGCGGUCACCGACACCAUCUAUGUGCAGGAGCACGUCUCCCAAAGCUCGUGGGCCAUGAGCGCCCCCUCCCCGCGGAUGCGUACCCCAGUAUACGCGCAGGCCGGUCGUGCUCCUCCGUACAUGGGCAACGGUGGCAUGGCACCCCAAGCGGCACCUUCUCUAUCGCAUCCUUGUCCGCCGCCCCCACCGCAGGCGUCGCAGCAUCAAAGUCAUGCGUAUGCGCCGGGACAACAGCCGGGACGCUUUGGCUACGUGCCCAAUAUUCAGUAUUAUGCCAGUAGCUCAGCCUCGAUGAACACCAAUGGACAAUUGUAUGUGCUUUGUUGUGCGCCGAACCCAAAUCGCCCCCAGCAUCAACAACAGAUGACAAAGGACAAUUCAACCCAGACGCAGGGAAUUGUGAAGCGUAGUCGUGAUGCCAGCACACAAACCGAUCUUAUUGGCGAUGCGCCACCAAUGCCACAACCACAGCAGGAGAUGGGCGACAACAAGCCGAGUAACAACAACACCUCAUUGUUUGAUUUUAUUGGCGAUGGUCAGCAGUAUGGCACUCUGCAGGGCAAUCUACGCAACUCGGAGGUGUUGCUGCCCAAGCAGCGUCUCAAGGAAAUCACGCACAUUUCGCUCUACGGCAGCUCGAUUGCUGAGCAAGUGGCAAGUGCACAUCGUCAGCGGCCAUGCUUUAAGAAGAUGGACACACUGUGUGCCCGCCUUAAGCAGGAUCUUUUGCGUCCCGAUGGAGUGUUGCCCAACAUCAAUUCACAGGGAAUUGCCUGGGCUGUGAAAGAUUUCAUAUUCGUAUUUACACGCAUCGUCAAUUCGUGGAUACUAUUGAAGGGAUAUGUGUACAAUACACCCGAGGGUCUCAACAAGAUCAAGGACGAACUGCCCGAUGGUUUUAUGGGUGCAUUUGAUUGCUGGCAGAUCACAACACUGACCAUGGUCGAGAUGAUCAUCAAAUCGUUUGUCAAUCUCGACGCCAUGCUGCAGAAUCAGAAGAACAGUUUCACCAAAAUGGAUAUGCAUAAUAGGAAUUGCAACAACAACGACAGCAGUAGCGAUUCCAAUUCGAGCAAUAAAACGCUUAACGGCAUCGACAUUUCCACCCUCGAGAAUGGGCCCAAUGCUUUCAGCACACCACGGAAAAGCACCGAUCCGGAAGAGUUGAAUCCACUUGUCGUAGAUAAUGAUAACUUGGAUAAUAAUAAUAUGAACUAUUUGUACACUAUGGUUCAGGAUUCGGAGGAGGCACAGCGCUGCGUCAAUGCCAAUGGCACAUAUCUUAAGACUGGCACAUACACGCCGCUGCUAAAGGAGGCAAAUUCAGUGGAGCAGCCACAGUUAUCGCAAUCGCCGCCAAAGAGCAAGCCCAUGGACUGGAAGCCAACUGACAACUGGCAACAGUCAGUUGAGUCCGCAAAGGCUCCGAUCAAAACUCAACUGCCAAAGCUAAAGGCUCAAUGUCGUCACAAAGAUGUUAAACCCUAUUCAACACCAUUGAGUGUGUUGCGCCGCGAGAUGACUCGCAAAUUGGUUGAGCUGAGCAAUCGUAUUAUGCUUCUACAGCACAUUGAUCGUUUCUUUCAAAAGCAGUUUACUCUUAAUUAUUAUCCAUAUUUCUAUGAGCGUUGCCAUAGUGAGUUCAUCGAUGUGCGUGCCAUCAUCUUGAAAUGUGAGAGCGCAUCCUAUCAGCAUAUUUCCCAACCCGUUCACGACUUGCGUCGCAUCAUAUUCUUGGUGCGCCGCGAUUUAAAGGAUCACACUAACAUGGAUUUGCGUUUGUACACCGCUCUCUAUGAGCGCGCCAUCAACGAGAUGCUCUCCAAGACACCUUAUCAACUGCAACAGUUCGAGCACAUCACUGGCAAUCCCAUUGAGAAGAUUUUCUCCUCAGACAUUUAAAGUUUCUAGUAUUUUAGUUAAUACUUAUCUCAACACAACAUUCACAUAACCACAAACAAAUUAAUCAACUCCAAUUUGUUUAUGGGGCAAGCUAAAAUUAUUUAAUCACUUAGCUGACAAAUACGAAAAGUAAUAAUUAUAAUUUGUUUAUUGGGCCAGCUAAUAUUAUUUAAUCACUUAGCUUGCUGUUUUUUAAUUUUACAAUAAUUAAUUUAAUUGUUAAAUAACUUUCAGUAUAUAAUAUCAGUUCAUAGUUAAAACUUUAUGCUUUAUAAGAAAAACACACCGCAUGCUUAAAGUCAAUUACACAAAGUAAAGAAAGCAUUAGUUGAUCAGAAAUCAUGUCAAUCUAUAAACAAUUAAAAUUUGAAUGAAAAUUGUUCGAGUCACACACAAGUUUCGAAAUAUCAAAAUCAAAAAUGAAUAGACAUACAUAUACUUAACUAAUUUUUGGCAAUGCAAAACCCUAGAAAAAAUAGUUUUUCAAAAUCGUUAAAGAUCACACAAUAUCAAAUUAAAAAAUUUGAUGCAUUAACCAAAAUUAAUUGUACGUACCACAGAAAAGUGGUUGAAAAUAAGAAAAACAAAUUAGAAACCAGCUUAAGGCAAACAUUUGCAAAAAUAACUCAUAAUCAAAAUAUUAAAGUGUAUUAGCAACAACACAAAACACAUUUAAAUUCAAUAUUUGUUAAAUGUUCACACAAAAAUUACUAACCAAAUUUUUGAUACAUUGCUAAACAAAAUGAAAAGUGAUUUAAGUACUUCCAUGUAAUUUGAAAA